UUCCUCCCUGACUGUUGUAGUGCUGCUGUUUAAUCCGCUGUUUUCCUGCUGGAUGUCAUCAUAAAAAGGCGCAAAGAUUUUGAAAAGAGAACAAUGUCAACUCUUGAGCUCGCGCCUAUUAUUAGAAAGUGACGUAAUGGCGCUGAUGGCGCAUCUCCUCCGCUGUGUUGAAUCAGCGCCGUUAAAACGGACCGCUGACUGUCCCUCCCUUUCCCACAUGGACCGGAACCAGGCGGCACCACGUGACUCCGGAUCCUCGGACUGAGCCAGUUCAUCACACCGCAUCAUGGCUGCGGAGGAUGAGGCCGCGCGGUGCUGCCUCAGGUCCCCGCAGUGCCGCGGGGCUCCGCUCUCUCCGCCCCGCUGCCUGUGGCUCCUGCUCGGCCUCUGCUGGCUGCUGCCCACCCCGGCUCUCUGCCUGCUCGGCUUCCGUCCGGAGGAGACCGGAGCGGAGCUGUCCGUGGACGACGGGGUGCUGAAAGCCACGGAGGGAACCCGCUUCAUGCUGCGGGUGUACUACUCCACCUCCCCGCAGAGGCUCAACCGCACCGCGGGGACUCGCGCCAACAAUGCCGCGCCCUGGAUCGCCUUCAUCGAGGAGCCGAGUCCCGGCAGAGAGGGACAGGUCCACCCCAAGAGGAACAUGUGCAUGGACAAGAACGCCAGGACGUCCGACAUCGAGGUUUUAGGUUCCUUCAAGUCUGCUUCCAGCCAGAACUCAGUGCUGGUCGAGCUGCUGGCCAAAGACUUGCGAAGAGGGGAGAAGAUUAAGUAUUACUCCAUGUGCGCCUUCGACGGGUCCAAGUGGGAACACUACCGGACAAGAGACUUCUGGGUCGCGGUGACGGAGCGCUCUGCUGUCCCGGAGCUCUGGCUGCAGGUCCUGGUCUCCGUCCUGCUGCUCGGCUUAUCGGCUCUUUUCAGCGGACUGAACCUCAGCCUGCUGGCGCUCGACCCGGUGGAGCUACAAGUCCUGCAGAACAGCGGCACCGACAAGGAGCAGAACUACGCGCGGAAGAUCGAAUCUGUGCGUCGGCAUGGGAACUACGUCCUGUGCACGCUGCUGCUGGGCAACGCGAUCAUCAACGCGUCCUUGGCGGUGUGGAUGUGCCAGAUUCUGGGCAUGACCUGGCUCUCCACCGUCAUUUGCGCCUUUGGCAUCUUCUUCAUCGGGGAGAUUCUUCCUCACUCCGUGGCAUCGCGUCACGGCCUGGCCAUCGCGUCCAAAACCAUCUGGGUGACGCGGCUGCUGAUGGUGCUCUCCUUCCCCAUCUCCUACCCCAUCAGCAAACUGCUGGACCUCAUCCUCAACCAGGAGAUCUCCAACUUCUACACCAGAGAGAAGCUCCUGGAGAUGCUGCGCGUCACAGACCCGUACCACGACCUGGUGAAAGAGGAGCUGAACAUCAUCCAGGGCGCGCUGGAGCUGCGCACCAAGACGGUGGAGGACGUCCUGACGCCGCUGAGCGACUGCUUCAUGCUGGCGUCGGACGUGGUGCUGGAUUUCAACACCAUGUCGGAGAUCAUGGAGAGCGGCUACACCAGGAUACCGGUGUUCGAGAACGAGAGGUCCAACAUAGUGGACAUCCUGUUUGUCAAGGACUUGGCCUUCGUUGACCCGGACGACUGCACUCCGCUGAAAACCAUAACUCAGUUCUACAAACACCCUCUGCACUGCGUCUUCAACGACACCAAGCUGGACGCGAUGCUGGAGGAGUUUAAAAAAGGAAAGUCUCACCUCGCCAUCGUGCAGCGCGUGAACAACGAGGGCGAGGGCGACCCGUUCUACGAGGUGAUGGGCAUCGUCACCUUGGAGGACGUGAUUGAGGAAAUCAUCAAGUCGGAGAUUCUUGAUGAGACGGAUCUCUACACUGAUAACCGGACAAAGCGGCGGGUUUCCCACCAUGAGAGGAAGCAGCAGGACUUUUCCAUCUUCAAACUGUCAGAAAAUGAAAUGAAAGUCAAGAUUUCCCCUCAGCUGCUCUUGGCAACACAUCGCUUCCUCUCCACAGAGGUGGAGCCCUUUAAACCUGCGCACAUCUCAGAGAAGAUCCUGCUGAGGCUCAUCAAGCACCCCAGUGUGGUCCAGGAACUCAAAUUCGACGAGAAGAGCAAACGAGCUCAGCACCACUUCCUCUUCCACCGCAACAAACCGGUCGACUACUUCAUCUUGGUCCUGCAGGGCCGAGUUGAGGUGGAGUUUGGUAAAGAAGCGCUGAAGUUUGAGAACGGAGCUUUUUCUUACUUUGGGGUACCUGCCAUCAUGUCAAGUGCCCACAGAUCGCCCUCUCACAGCAACGGCUUGGAGCGCUCUGAGUCCAUGCUGUACGCCGGAAGUUUGGGUCAGUUGAACGGAGGAGGGAGCUUCUACCUGCCGGACUACUCCGUGAGGCAGCUCACCCCUCUGCAGAUCAUCAAGAUUACGCGUAGCCACUACCAGAACGCGCUGACAGCCACCAGGAUGGACAGCUCCCCUCAAACUCCUGAUGCUGACAUCCGCCUGGCAGAGGCCAACACCCCGACCCCUGACCCUUCAGCCACAGGCAACGCUGCUACGCUCAUGCCCUUCGAGCCGACCACAGCCACCCUGCUGCCCCCGCCCAGGGAGCCCAGCCGGCCCAGCUCGGCCCGAACCAGAGGACAACAGUCCAGCGUCCCACACAGCACCUCGGUGCUGAAUGAGAAGAACCGCAUCGUCCGCAGUAAGUCUGACGGUCAGAAGAGUCCCAGUGAUUCUGUGUUCCUCAGGAUGGAUGAGAUCCCGUACAUCCGAGAGGACCGAUCAGAGACCGACACACACUCAGACAUGGCCUCGGUUCCCAUAGAAACAGACACAUCGCCUUUCAUCAGCAGCAUGUCGCUGAGCGGCUCAGAGGACACGCUGGGCAAGAAACUGCUACUCAAACUUAGUCACAAGAAACGGAAAAAGUCCCGUGAAGGAGACAAAACCCCAGAGGACAUUUCAGAGCAGCCGCUGGUGAAAACCUAGCAGUGACUGAAACAGAGCAGAAGACGCCAUCAUCUGAUGGCUUCAUAAAGACUACAACUAUCAGAGUUUUAUCUGAAAACUGUGCACUGACGGCGACUUUAAACGAAACCUACCGGAGUUUGCUGGUCAAUAAGAUCAUUUUCUGACUUCAGGUUGUGAAUUAGAAGUAAACUAUAGCCUCUCAUCUUUA